AUGGGCGUGGGGUGCACCAUCGUUCACCAUGUCGCCGCGUUCGUGCAGAUCGCACUCGCCGUGGCCAUCGCUGUCAUUGUCGGCAUCAAGCUGUUCCGGGUGGACGUCUCAGGCGAUGGGGAGGACCCCACCGUCACCUCCACAUGCCUCCUUGGCGAAGACUACAACAACGAAAACCUCUGCGUUUAUGUGUUUGCUGUGGUAGGAGUGUCAGUGCUCGUCUCCUUCGUCAUCUCCCUGGUCCAGUGCUGUACAUGCCACCUCUGCGGCCUGGGCGCCAUCCUGGACACCAUCUUUGCCGCUGCUGGCACUGCCUGGUGGAUCAUUGCAUCCUCCAUCGUCACCAAGAACAGCAACGACAGCGACCUGCCAGAAGAUGGGUGGCGACGGACCACGGUGGCCCUCAUGUGGACAGAGGUGGGGGUGUUUGCCGUCCUCCUCAUCUCCAGCGUCAUACGCCCCUGCCUGCGAGACUGA